AUGGAUUUUCGUAACUACAGAAAAACGGCCGUGAAGCCUCGGCUUGGCGGCGCCUCGCUGGCCGCGUUUUGGUGCCUCUGCUUCAGCCUGCUGCAGGUACUUUCGGCCGGGGCUGGGAACCACCAGUAUAAGUUGUGGCCUUUCGGCGCUCAAAGGGUUUUCGGGCAGCCGAAAUGGAGUGGGUUUGGAAUCGGGAGACUCGCUAGACCCCGGGGUUUCAGUGAACCGAGAGCCGUCGUUCCUCAACUCGUUACGGCCCGAACGACAACGCCACCGGCGCCGCGAGUAGCUCAGUUUGACACCGAGGACGCGGCCGGGCCUGUCGCCGUAAAUCUGGUCUGCUCGCCGGUCGGGAUGGAAGUUUCGUUCCCUUCUCAGUGGGGCCCGGACUCUGUUUCAAUACAAACGACGGCGGGAAACAAUGUCUCUUUUGAGAUGGUUCAAGACCGUCCUUCCUCUUGCCGGUACCGAAGACGCACGCAGGGCCGCACGAUGACGUACACUUUCCCGUACGAGAGCUGUGACGUCACCCAGUUGAACCGCGUUGCAACGGCCCUCCUCCAAUUCUCUCCUCCCUCCGCGGAAUCCUUUGCUCACCAAAUCAAAUGCAACCUGGAUACACAGGUGGUCGUGGCGUGUACGAAGUUUGGCCAGUUUGUGGUGGUGGUUUUGAAAAACUCCACUAAACCAUCUCUGGACCUCGACUCGGUCAGCCUGCCCAGCUCCACUGGUUCCCAGUGCAAACCAGUAGCCACUACCGAAGACCUACUGGUUUUCAAAUUCUCAGUCAAGGACUGUGGCACCAAAACAACGAGUGAUGAUGACUUCCUGUUCUACGAGACUGUGAUCUCUGCCUCCAGGGUCGUGCUGGACGGUCCGAGGGGAAAGGUCACGAGAGACUCAAAAUACAAAUUAACGCUUCAGUGUCGGUUUGGCUGUGUUGAUGGGAUCUCCAUGAACUCCUCUGUGCUCACGGUGCCCCCCCCACUCCCCGCUGUUAACCAGGGCCUCCUGCGGGUGGAGCUGAGGAUUGCAAAAGUCCCGGAGUUCGGUUCCUAUUACUCCCCUGAGGAGCACCCUGUAGUGAAGGCUCUGCGCUCCCCUGUGUACGUGGAGGUCCGGGUCUUGGGGAGGGAGGACCCCGCGAUCGUUCUCAUGCUUGAUGACUGCUGGGCCACGCCCACCAAAGACCCUAGCAACCCCAUCUUCUGGAGCCUCAUUAAACGCGGGUGCCCUGACUCUGGGAAUGCGGGGUACCUGGUUUGGGAGCGCGAGGUGCAGCCCAGCGAGGAUGAGCCGCUGCCCUCCCUCCUCCGACGCUUCGAGGUGCAAACAUUCGUCUUCCUGGAUGAGCAGGGGGAGAGCCCACUGAGCCAGGAGUUGUACCUGCACUGCAGUGCUCAUCUCUGCCAGCCCUCCGACACAGACACCUGCCAGAGCUCCUGCAACACUCGGCGGCGUGUUCGGUCCGUAUCGGGAGAGACCCCCAGCGAGGUCACGGUCUCCUCGGGACCCCUGGUCUUCGUGGAGUUGGAAACAGAGUCAGGCUCCUCCCACUAUUGCGUAUCCCCGCCCACUCGCUUUGUGAUUGGCUCGUCGGUGAUGCUGGUGUCUGUGGUCAUGGCAACGGUAGCUGUUGGACUCUUCCUUGCCCCCUGGUGGAUGAAUUUAAGAACUGCAGCUUUUUGACAAUUGUGGUGUCGGUUUCUCUUUAUUUAACAAAAAAAAAAAAAAAAAAAAAAUUCUCAAUUUAAAAUAAAUGAGGGGGAAAAAAGUACA